AUGGAGACCUACAUCUCAAAGCCACAUGCGGUUCUAAUAUCAAAUCCCGGUUUGGGGCACCUCAUCCCUGUUCUGGAGCUUGGAAAACGCCUUGUCACCCUCCACAACUUUGAAGUAACAAUCUUUGUUGUUGCGUCUCAAACAUCAGCCGCAGAAUCAGAGAUGAUCCAAGCUGCCACGAGUCCAAAGCUUUGUCAACUUAUCGAAAUUCCACCGCCAGAUAUCUCGCACCUUGUAGGCCCUGAUACCGCGCUUGUCGCCAUACUUGCAAUCAUGAUGCGUGAAAGCAAAUCAGCUUUACGUGCAGCAAUAUCUAUAUUGAAAUCUCGCCCAACUGCGAUGAUUUUUGACCUCUUCGGAACUGAAUCUUUUGAGAUCGCUGACGAGCUUGAGAUACCAAAGUACUACUUUGUAGCCUCGCAUGCAUGGUUUCUCGCACUCACUGUAUAUACUCCGAUCCUGGAUAAGUUGGUGCAAGGACAGUAUGUUGAUCAAACAGAACCGUUUGACAUCCCGGGCUGCAAGUCUGUUCGACCUGAAGAGGUGGUUGACCCAAUGUUGGAUCGGACUAAUCAACAAUAUUUUGAAUAUGUUCGCAUGGGGACGGAGAUCCCGCUGUGUGAUGGGAUUUUGAUUAACACUUGGGAGGAUCUGCAGCCGAAAGCACUGGCUGCACUGAGAGAUGAUAAACUUUUAGGUGGAAUCAUUAAGGCUCCCAUUUAUACUGUUGGCCCGAUAGUGAGGUCCCUUGCACCUACUGACUCCAACAAAGAACUCUUUGAUUGGCUAGACAAGCAACCAAGUGAUUCAGUGCUUUACGUGUCACUGGGGAGUGGAGGGACGCUGUCAUAUGAGCAAACCAUUGAGUUGGCUUGGGGUUUGGAGUUAAGCCAACAAAGAUUUAUUUGGGUGGUUCGGCGGCCAACAGCAAAGGGAGACGGCUCGUUUUUUACGGUGGGAAGCGGUGGUGAUGAUGAGUUAUCAAGCGUCCUGCCUGAAGGAUUCCCGAACCGGAUCAAUGAAGUAGGAAAAUUGGUCCCAAACUGGGCUCCGCAAGUGAACAUCUUAAACCAUCCAUCAGUUGGAGGAUUUUUAUCACACAGUGGGUGGAAUUCAAUAAUGGAGAGUAUCAGCAAUGGAGUGCCGAUGAUCGCAUGGCCAUUAUAUGCAGAGCAGAGAAUGAAUGCUACCCUGUUAACGGAGGAGCUUGGCGUCGCCGUUCGACCCAAGAUACUGCCAUCGAAGAGAGUGGUUGGAAGGGAGGAAAUAAUGAUGAUGGUGAGAAGGAUUAUGGUGGAUAAAGAAGGGCAUGCAAUAAGGGAUCGGGCAAAAGAGCUAAAACACGGUGCAGAGAAAGCAUUGAGUUAUGAGGGUGGAUCCACUUAUAAUUCAUUGUCUCUGCUGGCCAAUAAGUGCAAGCAUCCAUGAAAAUUACUGAAUGCAGUUAAGUCGAUGAUGGAGGGAGUAUCAUGUGUGUGUGUGUAUAUAUAAUUUAAUUACUUAAGGCGUUGGAAUUAGCUUACGUGCAGCUCAUCUAAUCCCUUGGAGCCCUAGAACUACCGGUUAGAUAAGAGCUCUAAUGAUCACAUCUAUUAGCAACCAAGGAGGGACUCGAACUCAUUAGGACCUCUUGAGUAAUAUACCCAAGAGAGCAUAUCGAACAACUCGGUCACCCAAGGGCAGGUUGUGCAAUAUAUUUGUUCAUUGUGUCAGUUUUUGUUUUUAUUUUAUUCAAUAAUAAUUUUUAAUAUAUUUCUGUUUUUGUGAAUUGCUAAAACUGUUGAAGUGCUAUGUAAUCUUCCAUGUACAUGAGGAAUGCUAGUGCUGAGUACUCACUAUUUUAUAAACAUUUGCUCUGGUUAAUU